UGGGGCCGGGGCCAGCAUGGAGCACCUGGGUCCCCACCACCUCCACCCGGGCCACGCGGAGCCCAUCAGCUUCGGCAUCGAUCAGAUCCUCAACAGCCCCGACCAGGGAGGCUGCAUGAGGCCCGCUUCGCGCCUCCAGGACGGAGAAUACGGCCUUGGCUGUUUGGUCGGAGGCGCCUACACUUACGGUGGCGGGAGUGCCGCCGCUGGGGCGGGGGCCGGGGCCACAGGAGCGUAUGGCGCUGGUGGCCCGGGUGGUCCCGGCGGCCCGGCGGGCGGCGGCGGCGGCGGCGGUGGGGGCGCUGGAGGCGCUGGGGCGCUGAGCGCUGCAGGGGUGAUCCGGGUGCCGGCUCACAGGCCGCUGGCCGGAGCGGUGGCUCACCCCCAGCUGGCCACUGGCUUGCCUACUGUGCCCUCUGUGCCUGCGGUGCCUGGUGUCAACAACCUCACUGGCCUCACCUUCCCCUGGAUGGAGAGUAACCGCAGAUACACAAAGGACAGGUUCACAGGUCACCCCUAUCAGAACCGGACGCCCCCUAAGAAGAAGAAGCCGCGCACAUCCUUCACACGCCUGCAGAUCUGUGAGCUGGAAAAGCGCUUCCACCGCCAGAAGUACUUGGCUUCGGCGGAGCGCGCUGCUCUGGCCAAGGCGCUCAAAAUGACCGAUGCGCAGGUCAAAACCUGGUUCCAGAACCGGCGGACGAAAUGGAGGCGGCAGACGGCAGAGGAGCGAGAGGCCGAGAGGCAGCAGGCGAACCGCAUCCUCUUGCAGCUGCAGCAGGAGGCUUUCCAGAAGAGCCUGGCCCAGCCCCUGCCCGCAGACCCACUGUGUGUGCACAACUCGUCGCUCUUUGCCCUGCAGAACCUGCAGCCCUGGUCUGACGACUCCACCAAAAUCACCAGCGUCACGUCGGUGGCUUCGGCCUGCGAGUGAGCCUGCACCUCCACUCAGUGGGACCCAAGCCCAGUUGAGAGCUGUCCAGAGAACCAAAACUCUCUCUACCUGUUCUGACUGCACGCAGGAGGGGAACGGGGCUUUUCUGGCAUGGUGCCAAGCCCCGCAUCCACACACCUGUGAACACUGUUCUGUCUUCGGUGGAAGAGGGCUGGGGAGAGAGGCAGAGACCCCUUUCCAGAAGCCUGUGUGAUCCUGCCCCACUCUGGAACUGACCAGAGUCCUCUCCUCCGUUUCCCUCUAUUUCAUUUUAUUAUGAUUUUAAUAUGGGCAGAGAGACCCAAGGGAAGUGGGGCUUGGAAGGACUUCUGGGAUCUCCAGGCUAUCUGUACGAGAGCUGGAAAGCUCUCUAUACCCAGGCACACACAGAGGUAACACCACUGUCACUUCAGGUACCACCCCAGAGCCACACCUAGGGGCCUAUGGCGGAGUGUCAUGGACACUCGGGUUCUUAGCAAUGACCUUGUGUUAGGUGUAGUCCUGGGUGACUCCUCUUCCUCAAACACAAGGCCAUAGUCACACUGUGACACAACAGCCCCCACACAAUAGCCAAACGUGGCCCGGCAGGCCCUCACAACACUUCAGAGCAGCACCCAGGUAUGCACAGACAGGCUUCACACAAACUCAGCCCAUUUCUCCAGAUCCUGUUUGGGGAGGGGGGUAAGUUAUGCACUUAUAAGGUGUUUUCUGUGUAAUCAUUUUAUAAAGUGCUUGUGUAAUUUAUGUGGAAAAAUAAUAAAACCCUCCGGUUCAGGA